GUAAUAAUACCAACCAAGUGUAUAUUAUAGAAAUAAUAAAAGAAAGAAGAUUUGUUUGCAAUGACACAAAAAUUUUAAAAUUUAUUUUCUGAAAAAAAGUGCAAAUAAAAUUUAAUUUAAUUUCAAAAAAAGUGUUUUAAUUUAAGCCGGUUUUAUUUAUUUUUUUAAAUAAUAUAAUUCUGUGUGAAAAGUUUUUGGAUGAUCAUCACAUCAUUAAAGUGCCAAAACAUUAAGCAGGCAGCAGCAGGCAAAAGAAGAAUAAAAAAAAACACAGCAACUUUGGCAAAGAAGUUGAAGAAUAAAUGAAGAAAAGAGCAGCGCACCAACAAUCAGCCAACCAACAAUAAACAAGAAAAAGAAGUGGUUAAGGAAGACUGACUUGACUGACUUGCCACUAAAUACAGUUUAUUGGCCUUGACAACUCAACUAAAGAAGAUCUACCACUUUGGCUGGCUGGCUGGCAGUAUUUCUUUCUAACAACCAUUAUAAUAAAACACAUUACAAUAGAAACAACAGCGGAGAAAAAGAAACCAACCAAAAACGAAACACUUGAAAUCUUACACGGAAAUUCAAUAUUCUGCAGAGACGGAGCCAAAGACAAGAAAACUCAAUAGACUCAACAAUACUCUUUUUUUACACGCACACGAUCUUACAAACCAAGUGAUCAAAAUAUUAGAGUCUCAUAUUAAACACAGUGUAAUGAAACAUAAAACGAGGCGUUUAAAGAUCAAUAAAAUUAAACGACGUUACAGAUUAAGUUUAAUUGAAUUUAAUGAAAAUAAAUUUAUGCAAAUCAGUGCUAAAAACAAUAAGAACAACAACAGCAACAGUCCAGAAAAGUGAAAUAAAAAAAUUAAAAAUUUUGUUCUCAAAAUUUCAUUAAUUAAACAAAAAGCAAGCAGAAACCACGCGUUUUAAGCAAAAAUAACAAUAUUUAAAAUUUUGUGAGAGUAUCUGUGUUUAUGUGGUUUGUCCUAAAAAACAGCAACAUACAUAAAUAUUGCAUGCAACAGCCGUACAUGUUGAUGCCACACAUAAACCAAACCAACAUAAAAAGUGCAAUAACCCAAACAGCAACAUCAAUGUUCUAAAAAAUAAAACACACACAACCAAACACAGACAGUUUUUUGAAAUACAAACUAAAAUUAAAUAAAAAAAAAUAGUGUCAUACUGAUAAUAAAAACAACAACAACAUUUUACCAGCCAAUUUCACAAUUUUCUCAAUUAAAGAAAAAUCUUUUUCAUAUUUUUAUUUCCACAAAAAAUAUUCUUAAAAAAAGAUUUUAUUUAUUCCAAAACAAACAUAAAUGCAUAAAAAAAACUUGUGUAUUUUUUAAAUUAAUAAAGAUCAAAGAUCUUAAUUGACCAAAAAUAACAAAAUCAACGAAAACAAAACACAAAAAAAUUCAAAACAAAAAAGAGAGAGAAAAAAAUCCCCAGCAUCAACAACAACAACAAUUAAAGAAAAGUGUGGCAGCAAAACAAAAACAUCCAAAAUCCAACAUCAAGAAAACAACAACAAAAGCAGCAGCAUUUAUUAAAAAAAAGGGAAUAAAUUUGGUGCUUAAUUUUGGAACAUUUUUGGUUUUCUUUUUUGCAUUCAACACCUAAAAAAAGUACCCCCCAAUAUGGUACUGCAAAAUCACAAUACAAUAGCAGCACGUUCUAUAACAUCUACCACAAAUUCAAGAAAUACUGCCGCCUCCUCAGCCUCUCCCUCUACAGACACAGCCAGAACAGCAUACAGAAUGUCCCAGCAAAGACCCAUAGUUGAUCUGCUGGUGGCCAUGAUUGCCGUACCCAUUUUGAUAUUGUGUGCCUUGCAAUUGGAAAAGAAUCUCCAUGAUAUGGCCAAUAGUCCUGAAAGCCGAUGGCUGGUAUUUGCUUUGGGCAUUGGUAUGCUAAUUGUUAGUGUUAUUAUUUGUGGUUAUGUUACGCAUCGAAUGGGUGUUUGCAUUUGGGCUGGUCCCAUCGAUGAAGUGGGCAAUCGGACAGGAAGUGGAAGUGGUGUAACACAUAUCAAUUCCCAAAAUGAUAUUCUGCGGAUAGUGGAUUCACUGCCACCCAGCUAUGAUAGUGUAGUUAAAUUCGAUAUACCUCCACCGCCCUAUGACUGCCUGGUCAUUGAUAUGGAACAAUGUAAAGAUGAACCCGAAACCGAAGACAAACCCUCAGUAUCAACAGAGAAUUCAGCGGUUCAUAUGUAAAAUUUACAAACACCCUAAACGGGAAAAAAAAGAAAUUGAAUGGGAUGUGGCUUAUGAUCCCAUUGGGAGAGAGAAUUGAAAAGAGAUUGAAAUAAUUUUGUUAAACAAAAUAUUUCUUUUAAACACAUCAAAACAAAAAACAAAAGCUGGAUAAUAAUGUGUAUUUAAGUGAAACAACUAAAUAUAAAAAUGUGCAUUUAUUAAAAAAAAGGAAAAUCCUUGACAGAGGUCCAAGGUCUUAAAAGUUUUGAAAUUUGUAAUAUCCUAAAAAAAGUGUCUACUUUAUUUGCAAAAGGCGAAAGUAAUAUGUACUUGUAUUUUAAUGAAAUGUCUAAUGAAAAUUUUUAUUUAAUUUAAUUGAUAAAUACAACUUUUCCAUUAUUUAAGAACUAGCCAGAGUUGGUUGUAUAAGUUAUAGAAGAGCUACAAACAUAAUUUGUAUGAAAAGAUUAUGCCAUCUCUCUUUUAUUAAUAAAACAGCUUUUAAAUUAUAUAAAAUAAAACCAACUAGCUGCUUAGAUUAAGGAUAAUUUUUUAUAAAUUAAAAAAUACCAAUUCAUCUAGUCCAAAAAUAUGUAAUGUACUACUUAAUAACGAUUAUAUUUUUUUUUACAUACAUACAUAUCUUUGCAUACAUUUCUUUUAAUGUAUAAAAUAAUAAUGUAUAAAUAAUUUAGUGUUUUGUUUAUGUAUAAAUUAAAUUCAUGCAUAAUAUAAUAUUCAUUUUAAAAAAGUAUUCUUAGGUAUAGUUUUUAUUAUUUUGUAAAUACUGGCUUUAUUCUUUUAAGUUUAGUUUUUAAAUGUUUAAAAUGUAAUAAACAAAAAAUGAAGUAAUUUAUAAUUGUAA